UGAACUAAAAACACCAUGGCUGCAUUCCAUCGUCGAUUUCUCUGGCUCCUCGGUGUUACUUUGCUUUUGGCUGAUGUCAAUUCCACUGAGAAUGCAUUCUAUAUAGCUGGUGUAGUGGAGUAUCGACCGACGAUUAUGGGUGGCACUUCGGAACAGCUGUUGGAGGCGAAUCUGGCUGGUUAUCUGGAAAUCAUGGCUUCUGGGAAUGGCACUACGGACAUCAUAGUCUUUCCGGAGGCCACACUAAAUAGUGUGAUUACCCUGACUGUAGUGCCAAAAUCUACGGAGCAAAGUUUGUGUGAUGAGCAGGUGGGUGAUGAUCCGGAGAUAGCAACAUUCCUGAGAUCUUUGGCCUGUGCGGCCAGGGAAUAUAGCACCUAUCUGGUGGUCAAUGUUAAGGAGCAGGUUGCAGAGCAUUGCACUGCGGAUGAGACAUGUUCCAGUAGCGGCUAUUCGAUUCAUAACACCAAUGUUGUGUUCGACAGACGAGGAGCGGUGAUAUCGCGCUAUAGGAAGUGGAAUCUUUACUUGGAACCAUCCACCAAUCGAACGGAAUCCCCUGAAAUAGCCACCUUUACAACGGAUUUCAAUGUGACUUUCGGUCAUUUCAUCUGCUUCGACAUGCUCUUCUAUACGCCGGCCCAGGACUUGGUGGAGCAACUGGGCAUCCGCCAUGUGAUUGUCACCAAAAUGUUCAACUCGGAGCUGCCCUUCCUCACAGCCUCCCAAUUCCAGCAGGGAUGGGCGUGGGCCAAUCGGGUGAACCUCCUGGCCUCCGGAGCAAGCCUUCCGCAGGGUGGAAUAAGUGGCAGUGGAAUUUACGCAAGUCAACAGGGCGCUCUGGCGCGACUUAUGAUCGCGGAUGAACUGGAGGGCCAGAGGAAGUUGCUUCUGGCUAGAGUUCCCCUCGAUCCCGACGAGCCGAUAGCCACGGAUGAGAUUUUGGAGUCGGAAAGGACGACUCCGGUGAAACUGAAACUCCUGCAGCAACCUGAACUUAAGAACUUUGCCACCUGGGAGUUGCCCAAGGUUCAGGGAAGUUCGGUGGACAAGAGGAUAUGCCAGGAGGACUUGUGCUGCGAGUUCCGGGCCACUUGGACCUUGGUGGGCACCCAACAGGAAUAUAACUACAGAUUGGGUGUUUGGGUUGGCCAGAGGCGGUACGAGGAGGAGCAGUACAGUGCCAUCCGGCUGUGUGGUCUGUUCGCCUGCACAGGUUCCACUGUGGAGAGUUGCGGCCUCAUAAGCGAGGAACAGGAACACCUGCAGGAGCACCAAGUGGUGUUCACCAAGCUCCAGAUCCUUGGGGAGUUUGUCCAGAGACCACGACGUCUUUUAAUGCCCAGCACCUUGAGCUCCUCCAGUCUGUAUGCCCUGCAACCAUCCCAAUUAACGUGGUCAAUGAAGGAAUCGGUUAAUGUAACGCGGAUUAAGAUGGAGCUGCUAGAACCUCAUGGCCAGCUAAUGACCUUUGCCAUAUAUGGCAACUAUUUCGAUGAGUAUGCGAAUGGUGGAGCUGAAAGAUUGGGGACGGGAACCCAGCUGUUUCUUCUAAUUACGCCGCUAAUUAUGAAGCAUCUAUUUUGGGAGUAGGUCGAUGCACACUACAUUUGUGCAGGUUAUCUUAGUUAAUUUCUAGGUUUUUGUUAACUAUUUUUAUCUUAGUUUAAGAUUUUAAACCAUUUUUUUUUGUUUAGAAAUAUUUCUAAUGGUGGAAAAUCCCCAAAUAAAGUAAUUCAGAAAUGCGUAAUUGUCGUUGAGCGCAUCAAAGCUAUCUAAAUUAAACAAGUCUAUUAAUUGCCAGUCGUUUUUCGAAAAUUCGCUUUUAUGUUUAUUCAUAAAUGACAGAGAGAUGCAUCAAAAUGUUGAUUUAUUUGCGUGGCUGUCAAAACGAUUAGGUUCGUUUUGUCGCCUGGCAACUCAUUAAAAUCAAUGCGUGCAUGCAUAAGUGUAGGUGAGUGUGUCCGUGUGUGACUACAUAUGUGUGUGUGUGGUGCAUUUGCUGCGAGCUGCACUUUAUAUUUGCCAUUGUUUGUGUAGUUGCCCUUAAGCUGGCACAUUGUAAUUAAGUGUCGCUCAAACAGAAGCACACUGCCACAAAAAAAGAUGUAUUUUACGGCAUAAAAGUGUUAAAUAUGUGGAAUUAGUUACUUAAGGCGCCAUUUAGCCAAAUGCAUAUUCAGACAAAAAUGUGUUUUUAAUAUUAGUAGAUAUAAUUUCGAACGUCUAUUGUUUAUUAAAUAU